AUGUCGGACCAGGAGAAAAGGGAGAACCCGCCCGUGGAGGAGGAGGAAGACGACGACGAGCCGGAUGAAUGGGACAAGCGGAUCUUCAGCACCGGCUGUGCAGCGGAACAAAUGAAAAUGAACGACUGCUGGUUCGAAAAGAAAGACUGGCGCCAGUGCCAGAGUGAGAUGGAAACCUUCCGCGAAUGCUGGAAACGCCAGGGCAACGACGAACGCACACAGACCAAGGAUGCUUAA